UAAAGCUGAACGUUUCCUAACCUGUAUACACGGAGCUGUCACUUUGCAAACGUCGAUUCUCAUUAUCGAAAAAUUUCUUUAUCGCAUAUUAAGAAAGUAAUCCAUAAAACAUGAAAUUCCGAUUUUUAGGCGAUGGAGAUUGUCCGGAUUGGCUGCUUGCCGAAAUUAACACGUUGUCGCGUAUGACAUCUAUUAAAAUCAAAAUACUAGGUCAAACGGUUGCAAAGUAUCUUACGGAAGGAGAUCUCGAUGAAGAGAAGGUGAAAAAAAUUACUCUGGAUGCCAAGCUUGAAUCGAAUGAUGCAAAAGCUAUGGUAGCAGCUCUUGAGUUGAUAUUUACAUCCUCUGCUCGAUAUGGUGUUUCCGCUGCGGAUUUAAGCAGCGAAUUACAACAGCUUGGUCUUCCUCGUGAACAUAGCGCUGCAAUUGCCAGGCUGCACACCGAUCAUUGUCCACAGAUUACGGCUACGCUUUCUUCGCAAUCUUUGAGAGUGAGCAGAUUAUCAUCGAUCGAAGUUUUGUCUCGCGAUAAUGCUUCACCGUUCUCCACGGUGUCCCUAAAAUUGAAGAAAUUGGACGGGAAUAUAGAGAAUUCCAUCAUCAGUAUCUCGAAGAAAGAUGUACAGGUUCUAUUGACAGAACUGCGCAGAGCCAAGUCGUUGAUGGAGAACCUUUAAACAUUCCUCGUCCGUAAGAUCACGUAUUAUGCACUGAUACGCCAAACGUUAUUAUUUCUUAUUCUUAAGCAUAG